UUAUUUAACCAAAUCCCUCUCCUGUUAUCUCAUUUUCCAACCCUUUACCGUGUGAUUUUCUUUUCCCCAAUUUCCUUUUCCCUGCCGGAGGGCAGAAUCUUCAGCCAUGGGUACUCUUCUCAUGGCUCCUGAAGAUUUUGCAACAAUGGCAGGGAUUGGGGCAGCCCGCAAUUUGACCAAGAUCUGCAUAGACUUGUAUAAGAUUGAUUCAGCAGGUAUAUUUCACAAUGUAAAUCCUUUAUCUUUCCCUUUCCCUCUUCUUCUCUUACAAUUGUCUCUCUCCUGUGGAACUUUUCUUCUCAUUUCAAAAUUGCUCCAGCCUCUUGGCCUACCCAUUGUCGUCAGGCAACUCUUAGGUGGCAUAAUUCUAGGUCCUACACUUCUAUGUAGGAGCCGUCAACUUGCAAACUUAUUUUUUCCAUUGAAAGGGAUAGUAAUGAUGGAUUUUGUGUCUUCCUUAGGAAAUAUUCUUUACUUCUUCCUCCUUGGUGUUCAAAUGGAUCCAUGGUUAUUGAAAAACAUAGACAGAAGGGCUGUUAAGAUUGGAUUUUUUUCUGUAGCUGUGCCUCUGGGAAUGAGCACAGCCUGGUGUUUUUACCUCACCUCUCAUACCAAUGUAGACCAAAGCAUAGCUAAGUCACUUCCUUCGGUUGCUCAAGCUGAGUCUGUGCUUGCAUUCCCAAUUGUUGCUCAAUUCUUGGCAGAGCUGAAGAUUAUAAACUCAGAAUUUGGCAGUAUAGCUUUAUCUUCUUCAUUUGUAGCUGGGUUGUGCAGUUUCUGUAUGAGAACAACUAUUGUUCUCUUGCAACAGUCAGCUGGUGACAAUUAUGCAGCACUUCAAACACUUAUUAACGGCGUUGUCCUUAUAGUUCUUAUAGUUUUUGUUCUAAAACCAACAACGUUGUGGAUGAUCAAGCAAAAUACAGAAGGAGUGCCCUUCAAAGAAAGCAAUAUGAUUUGGCUUCUUUUAGCAGUCCUUUUCACCGGCUGGCUCGGCCAUGCACUUAGUUUGUACAUUUACUUUGGACCUCUUGUUUUUGGGAUUACUAUACCUGCAGGGCCUCCAAUUGGUUCAGCUCUAGUUGAUAGGCUUGAUAUCCUCGGCAAUUGGAUAUUUAUGCCCCUCUACCUCGUAAAAAAUGGGUUGCUCAUUAAUGUCUUCAGUGUCAAAUUUAAAAACUAUAUUAUAGUGCAAACUGUUGCCCUUGUUAGUUCAAUUGGCAAGUUUCUGGGAACAUUGUUAGUUGCCAGCUGCAGCAACAUGCCUCUCAGGGAUGCUGCUUCACUAGGCCUUGUGAUGAAUGCCCAAGGUGUGCUUGAGCUUAGCAUGUUUAAACUGAUGGAGAACGAAAAGGCAAUUGAUCAUGAGGUGUUUGUAACCAUGGUCAUAUCAAUCAUGCUUGUAACAGGAGCUAUUGCACCUAUCAUUAAAUACUUGUAUGAUCCUUCAAGAAGGUAUGCUGUUGGCAAGAGAAGAACUGUGAUGAACUUAAAACCCAAUUCCGAACUCCGGGUGCUCGUAUGCAUUCAUGAACAUGAAAAUGUUCUCUCUGCUAUCAAACUCCUUGAAGUCCUAAAUCCCACAAGAAGAAGCCCUUUAUGUGUUUAUCUUCUCCACCUCAUUGAGAUUGUUGGCCGCGCAAACCCCCUCCUAUUCUCCCACAGCUUGACAAAGACGUCCUCUAAGAAGGUCAAGAAAUCAGAACAUGUAGUCAAUGCCUUCAGACAAUUUGAGGAUGACAACAAUGAUCUAAUUGCACUUUCCCCUUUUACUGCAAUUUGUCCAACUAAAACAAUGCAUGACGAUGUGUGCAGACUCGCACUAGACAAAAGGACUUGCCUCAUUAUAGUUCCUUUCCACAAGAGAUUCCAAGCGAUUGGUAAUGUAAGUUUCCACAACAAGGCAAUUAAGAUAACAAAUGAAAAUGUGCUUGCUAAGGCACCAUGCUCUACUGCAAUCCUUGUUGAUCAAGGGCUUCCGGAUACUCGAAGGACUAGCUUGGGUGGUCCAUCUUCAUAUCGUGUUGCUGUUCUCUUCAUGGGCGGACCUGAUGAUAGGGAGGCACUGGCAAUAGCGGCACGGAUGGCUGGACAUCCUAGUAUCAAUCUCACAAUGAUACGGUUCAUUGAUAAUGGAAAUGUUGCUAGUUACAGUGCUUGGGAAAAGAAGCUUGAUAAUGAAAUUGUGAGCGAGUUUAGAACUGCUACUGCAGGAAAUUGUAAGGUAACUUAUAUAGAGGAAGUGGUGGUAGAUGGAACAGGAACUGUUUCAGCGGUUAGAUCUAUGGAAAAUCGGUAUGAACUACUCAUAGUAGGAAAGCAUCAUGAUAAUAAAUCAUCAUUUUUAUCAGGGCUUGCAGAUUGGAAAGAUCACCACGAGUUGGGAACCAUUGGUGAUUUGUUGGUUUCAUCUCAGUUCAUGGACAAAACUUCAAUCUUGGUGGUGCAGCAACACAAGAUUGUCAAAACUAAAGAUCCUGAGAUUGAUAGAAUUGCACAAGAUCUGGAAGCAGAACAUCAACCAAUUUUUAGGAGAGUUACAUAGUAAUCCUCAAAAGCCAGAUGACCUGUACAAAAGAGAAUUAGAUAAAAAGAAGAAAGAGUUACAUAGUAAUCCUCAAAAGCCUGAUGACCUGUACACGAGAAUUAGAUAAAAAGAAGAAGAGAAGAAGAAGAAGAAGAAAUUCUGAGACUGAAUUUCAAAUUAGUCUGAUCUUAUUUUUGGCAUGCAGAUAACUGAUUUUGAUGAAAAUUUUAUUCUUAGCUCUGUUGAAAACUAGUGGGGAAGAAACAAACUGUAAAAUAUUCAUACGAAGCCACCUUUGUCCACUCUGAGGAGCCAGAUUUUGCAUCUGAAGCUUGGCUACCAUCAAUAGUGGCUAUGUGUACAUCAGUUGACAAAGAACAUCCAUAGAGAAGGCUUCAACUGUCUAACAUCUGAUGAUUUGAAAACAAUAUUGUUUAAGGUAAGUUAACCUAGAGAAUGCUAAUACAGAUAGUGGUUCCGGAAAUUUCAUACGCAUUUGAGUGUAUACAUUCGGCCAAUAUCUAUUAUUAUUACAAUUAUAUAUGACUCUUUAAUUUCC